GUUUUCUCCGGCUUGACAUGAUAUAGCAGAGAGUAUCUAGGAUGUAUAGGGAGAGAUUUUUCUCAUUCUCCCAUCUCUCUCUUGAAAAAGAAGAAGAUAGAGAUGGGCCUUCUAUUUUCGUUUUCUUUCUCUAUCUAGUUUUAUCCGCGUUUACUUUGGAGAGAGAGAGAGAGAGAGAGAGAGAGAGAGAGUUUUCCCUCCUUCUGUGUGUUUGGUCAAGAUCAUUGGAUGCACGUGGAAGCUCAGAGGGUAAAUUCUUUGCUCUUCCCAGUUGGCAGAGCUGUCCUCUAGAUUAGAGCCAUGGCUCUUUUUGGGGCACAUAAAGAUACAGGAGAGAAGAGGAUUCAUGAGAGUUUGGAUGAGCUAAGAACAGAUUUGGCAGACUAUAUAGCACAAUUAUCAGAAAUGUCGGUGAAGGAGCGCGGUGUUUUUGCCAUUGCUUUAUCUGGUGGUUCUCUCAUUGGCUUGAUGGGGAAACUGUGUGAAGCUCCUUAUAACAAGACUGUUGAUUGGGCCAAGUGGUACAUAUUUUGGGCCGAUGAGCGUGUCGUGGGUAAAAGUCAUGCUGAUAGCAAUUAUAAGCUGGCAAAGGAUGGCCUUCUAUCAAAGGUUCCAAUUGUUCCCAGUCACGUACACUCAAUCAACGACUCGGUUUCAGCUGAACAAGCUGCCAAUGACUACGAAUUUGUAAUCAGACAGCUUGUAAGAACACGUGUGAUCAAUGUAUCCGAGAUCAACGACUGCCCUAAGUUCGACCUAAUCCUUCUGGGAAUGGGUCCUGACGGUCACGUUGCUUCAUUAUUCCCUAACCACCCUGUGCUGGAUGAAAACAACGAAUGGGUAACUUUCCUCACCGAUUCACCCAAACCUCCGCCUGAGAGAAUCACUUUCACUCUCCCUGUCAUCAACUCCGCGUCCAACGUGGCCUUGGUUGUGACAGGUGGCAGCAAGUCGGAGGCCGUACACUUGGCGAUUGAUGAUGUGGGUCCCGCCUGCCCAUCGUUGCCAGCGAGGAUGGUUCGGCCUACAAAGGGUAAGUUGGUUUGGUUUCUGGAGAAGGCGGCGAGUUCUAAACUUGAUAGUGCUCAAUUUUCCGAGUAGGGCCGAGCAGAGGUUUAUAUUUGUGAAUCUCCUCUUCCGUUGGUUUCCUUUCCUUUUUUGAGUUGGGUUAUAUGUCCUUUUUGGCAUUUGUUUCUCUCUUUUGGAGGAGGUUAAGGAAGUGUGAGAAUACUUUUGGAAGAAGAGGUGAAUAAGUUUCAAGGCUUCAAUACAAAAUGCUCUUCUCAUUUUA